AUGGAAGAUAAGGUUAAAUCAAGAAAACAAAUCACUUUAAGUCAAACAAUAAGAAUGGAGUUGUCUCAAUAACAAGAAGAAUAGAAACCCGUUGAGGGACCUUAAUUAAUAAAACACAAACCAUCCAGUUAUGACGAAGAGACAGGAUAAUUGUAUUCCUUCUGUGCGAGUACUGUAAAUUAAACUCAACAAUUUUUUCGAACAUUUUCGGAGGAACAUACAUACCUCAAUAAUUAAUUUAGUUUCACACAUAAGUAAAAAGUCAUAAAAUAUGUAUUUGACAAAACAAUGUUAUGCCUGAAUAUGUAAGCAAAGAAAUGA